GUUUAAUCAACAAAAUUUAUAUCUGGCAACUGUUUUGAUUUUAAAUUGCAGGCAAGUGAUAGUGUGAAUGGCCCAUAGAGCAGCGGACAGUGUGACCGUGCCAUAAGGCCGAAAUCCGUGGGCGUUGCACCAACACCACCAACGCACUGCACAAACCGCCCACCAAGGACACGGUAGCGACCGACCGGAAGCCGCAGAGCAUACGAAUCAACACUUCUGGCAAGAGGAAAGGAGCAUGUUCCCCCACUUGAAGGGCCAUGGUCAGCGGGUCAACCUGCAGUUGCUGCAGGAGGCCGCCUGCCGCGAGCUGCUGCAGCAGCUGGACCGCAUUGAGGGUUCCAAGGUUAUUGUGCUGGACGAGACCAUGAUCGGACCGCUGGACUUGGUUACCCGGCCAAAGUUAUUCGCUGAUCGAGGCAUCCGUCUGCUGGCCCUCAAGCCGGAGCUUCAUUUGCCGCGCGAGGUGGCCAAUGUGGUGUACGUGAUGCGCCCACGCGUGGCGCUGAUGGAGCAGCUGGCCGCCCACGUGAAGGCAGGCGGAAGAGCGGCCGCUGGACGGCAGUACCACAUCCUGUUCGCCCCGAGGCGGUCAUGUCUGUGCGUCAGCCAACUGGAGGUCAGCGGCGUGUUGGGCAGCUUCGGAAACAUCGAGGAACUGGCCUGGAACUAUCUGCCGCUGGAUGUCGACCUGGUAUCGAUGGAGAUGCCCAAUGCCUUCCGCGAUGUGAGUGUGGACGGUGACACUAGCUCGCUGUAUCAGGCGGCAGUGGGCCUAGUGCAGCUGCAGCGUCUAUACGGUCGCAUUCCGAAGAUCUACGGAAAAGGAGAGUUUGCGCACAGGGUAUGGGAGCACGCCAAGCAGCUGGGCCGGGAUGAGCGGACUCUGUACAACGGCGACAAGGGUGUCGUCGAUCAGUUGAUCCUUCUGGACAGAAGCAUCGAUCUGCUCAGCCCGCUGGCCACACAACUCACCUACGAGGGGCUUAUCGAUGAGUUCUACGGCAUCCGGCAGAACAAACUGACGCUGCCCGCCGAGAACUUUCCCUCUGACGGAGCCCUUCCCGGAGGCGGAGGCAGUGGCCCACGAGUCGAGGAAUCGCAGUCGCUGCUGGGUGACACCGAGAAAAAGACCAUCCUACUGCACUCCGGCGAGCAGUUGUACGCGGAGCUGCGGAACAAGCACUUCAACGAGGUCACCAAGCUGCUCGCUCGCAAGGCACGGGAAAUUCACGUCCAGAUGCACGCCACCUCCCAGGACAAGAGCGUGCAGGAGAUCAAGAGCUUCGUCGAGAACCUCCUGCCGCAGCUAAUGGCCCAGAAGAAGGCCACCUCUGAGCAUACGGCCAUCGCUGGCCUCCUGCACGAACAGGUGAACGCGGUGCGCUUCGCUGACGACCUGGCUGCCGAGCAGGAGUUCAUGGUCUGCGCAGAUAUCGACAAGCCAAGCGCCUACAUCGAGGACCUGAUUGCCUGCAGGGUGGAGUUGAAUCGCGUCCUGCGGCUCAUCUGCAUGCAGUGCCACGCCGCCUCCGGAUUCAAGGAGAAGCUGCUUAACCACUACAAGCGCGAACUGGUCCAUGUGUACGGUCUGGAAGUGCUGCUCACCAUCAGCAACCUGGAGAAAUCGGGCCUGCUCCAUCUGCAAACAGAGUCGCGGGCUUACAGCGUUCUGCGAAAGACGCUGCACCUCACGGUGGACGACAACGUUGAAAUUGAGCCAAAGGACAUCAGCUACGUGCACAGCUUCUACGCUCCGCUGACCGCGCGCAUUGUGGAGCAUUCGCUCAAACCGCUGGGUUGGCAGACGCUUAAGAGCCAAAUCAAUAACCUGCCCGGACCGACGUUCGAGGACUUUCAGGCGCAGUUGGUGGGCAUCGGUGGACGGCAUACGGUCACCACAGUCAGCGAGGGAUCCCUACUGAAUGUGCCGCGAGUGGUGCUCGUCUGCUUUGUGGGCGGAUGCACGUUCGCUGAAAUAGCUGCGCUGCGUUUCCUCGCCGCCCAGGAGGACAACAACGUGGAGUUCCUGAUUGCCACCACGAAGGUGGUCAACAAACACUCCUUCCUGGACAGCCUGAUGAGCUCGUGAGGCCGGCGGCUAAGCCGACUGGAAGCCUAUCGCCUGUCCAACGCCCACGGCCUGGCACGUGGAUGAAACGCGUCCGUUCCGCUGAAGCCGAGAUCAAAGAGAAAGGGCAAGCGGCGCAGCGCGGCAAUCGGGACUGCAGAUGAGAAUCCAGGAUGCUAGGGGCGUUGUGAAUGACACGAUUACUAAGGACUCGCCGGCAAGCGGAAACCAUAAAAUAUUUAUUUUUCGAACGCGGCAUUUAUUAUUUAUUCUUGUAACCUAAAGAGCAUGUAUGUAUAUAGAUAGAUUCAAGCAUAAUAUGUAUAUUUAUGUAUACCGAAGUAUGUAGUCUUAAGCAAAAAAAAAAAACAAAAAAAUUGCAAAUCCCAUUUAUUCAAGCUUGGCAAUUGUAGUUUUAAGUGCAAAUAAUUCCAACUUUCAAUCAUACAUACGUGUGCAAGACAAAUAUUUUCAAAAUAAAAAGUUUAGUCAAUGUUAUGCCGCCACAUACAUAUAUAUAUUCCCCAGCGCCAUAUACAGAUUACAAACCGCAUAUUUAACCGCAUAUCGAUGUUUUAUGAGCCCGUAAAUUGCCCGUAUUGCUUGUAAAUGGUUAUGAAUUUCUAAAUGAUGUGAAUUUGAUGUAACUUUGUGUAUGUUCGUUCAACAGCAGCAAGUGCAUUGAAUGUUCCUCAAGGCUUAUCCUUAAGCAUGUAUAUCAUAUCCGGAAAGUAUUGGAUCCAAUGGAUGGCGGAAAUCCAAAUAUGUUGAAAUGUAAUUAGUGAUAGAGCGCAUAUGGGUAUGUAGCUGUGGCAAUCAAUCAACAGCUGCAAAAGAUAUUUAAGAUCUUUAUCUUUAUCUCUGCUGAUAAGCCAAAGUCAACAAAAUGUUCUAUGUAUGUAUGUUCUCGCAUUUCGAGUGGAACGAACUGUGUACGACUUUCGUUUUAUGUGAUCAAUAAUAUUCUCAUCCUUAUGUGCAAGACCUAAAUGUAUCUCAAAGUGAACAUUUCAAUGGUGUUUAAAUUAAUCCGAGUUCCGAGGUUAUUCGACUCGAUGUAAAUGUAAUUAAAUGAAAUUUCAAAUAAACGGAAAGCAUUCCAAAC